CGAAGUUGUAUACCUAUGUGUUAUAGCACACCUGGAAGAGCUGGGCGGCUACAAGUGCAUCGACUGUUUGUGACACCUAUAUCUUCGGGUCAAGGGCGGCCAUUGGCUUGUUCUGGUUGUAAGUUCAACCAUGUCGAAAUUUCCUCUCCCGUUGACAGAUUUAGGACUCCAAAUAACCACUGCCACCUCUAUGAAUUUGUACUGGGAAGAUAUUUUGAAUCAAAACGUACGCUACCAGUAUUAAAGAUGGCUAAGAAGAAUAAGGGACUGUUUGGAUCAUUACUGGAUUCUGCGGACAGAACAGUGAAUGCCCUAACUAAGGAGGUGGACAGAGCUGUAGGGUAUCACACCGACACGACACUUCUGCAAUUAUUCCAGACCCAGAAUGUUGUUCAGCUUGUGUCCAGAUCAAACGGUCAAGCUCUUCAGAUUGUCAUGUCCCAAAGUGGUCAGCCGGUGGUGGAUGGGUUGGGUGCAAUUAAUCCCCACGGACACACUAUCCAAGAUCAGCCGUUCAACACACUGUGGACAGUGAUAAAUGAAGGCAAAAACCAAGUCCGGUUGCACAACAAUAACAACUAUCUGGCUAUUGUCAAUGGCAACACUAUAGUCAUGAACAUAGCUCCUGGAACACCCCAUGGCGUGGAAUCCAAGUUCCAGCUUUAUCAAGUAGCAAAUCAGUUUGUAACGUUAGAAUCCUGUAAGGAAUAUGGUCGUCAUGUUGGCAUCUUACCAAACGGCACAUUGAAGCCUGCCUUGGCGACAGGCAAAGAUUUGCAUGGACAGUUUGGAGUUCGGCUUGUGUUUUCUCCCUAUGGUUCCCAGCCCCCCAUCACUAAGCCCAAGUAGACAAGAGUUCUCAGUGGAGGUUUAACCAGAAAACUGCUGUUUUGCGUUAGCAGUGCAGGGGUUGCUGCGUACUGUAAAGUUCAGAUUUCUAAUUUCCACGUACAUUGUUAAGUUAACUAUCAAAUGUUAUAUUUGAUUAGAAUGAUUGUGCUAUUGUUAGGAUGUUGUUUCAUAUAUUUUACCUUUAUCCCAGCAGGAUGUACUUUUUACUGAACACAAUGUUAUCUGGUAACUUUACAGAUCUUGUUUUGUAUACUUUGUCUUUUAUAUCCACUCAUAUGUAUAUUUUUCUUAUGACACUUUGUUGUACCUUAUAUCUGUAGAAAACGGUAAAGUCAUAGAAAAAUUGUCCAGUCCCAUUUAUAUACUUGAGAAGGCAGUGACAUUUAUCAGUAUGUAAUGAAUCAGAAUUACCUCUCAACACAUCCUGAGACGUCCAUGAGUGGGGUGCCGGGCUUUUUUUUUUUUGUAAAUAAAUUUUCUGUUUUAUUAAAUCACUUCAUAAUUAACGAUGUGGAUAUUUUUAAAUUCUGGCUGUUCAGAUUUAUUAGACACUAAAGAAUUCUAUCAAACACCUCUCUCCACCCCCCACCCCCACCAAUCCUCCCAAAAAGAAAACAACAUAUUUUUAGCUUUGUGUUGUCGGAAGAUUACUAUAUGAUUUAUUGAAUCAAUAACAUGCAUGUAGAAUAACAAUGAGAAGUAGAUUUCUUUUAUGGCUUUAUUUUGUACUUUUAUUCAUGUCAUAAUCCCCAUUAACUGAAAUAUGAAGUUUUUGGCCUUUGGCUACAAUAAACUUUCUUAAUGUAAGAUUUA